GUCUUUAGAACUUUCCCCAAGGGAAGAGUUCAGAUGCAGAUUUUGCGUCAGAUUGCCAUCAAAGACUUCUUGGAAUUGGCUGUGUUAAAUCUGUCUGCCACAUGUGUCUGAGUGCAGGUUGUUCGUAAAGGUCACUUUUUGAGUUAACUGCUGCCGAAGCAACUAACAUUUCUCAGCUGUUCUUGGCACGGCCUCCAAGAUACAUAAAGCGGAGGAAGAAAGAAGGUAUCUCCGUACUGAUUGCACUGAACAAAUAAACACUGGUUUAAAAGUGUGCAAAUCCUAAAAUGACUCCUUUGUACAUGCAGUUAUAUUUUAGUGGCUUAAUUUUCUGGAUGAUACAGAAAUCAAGCGUCUUCAUGCUGCCCAAUACUACUGACCUUCUUUACCCCUCUGGCAGCCCUGACACCAGACACAUUUCUGCCCUUGGAGUACCAAGGAUUCGCAGGAAACGCUAUAUUUCUUCCAGGGAGAUGAGUGCCCUUUUGGGCUACCACAAUCAAGUGCGGGCACAAGUUUCACCUCCAGCUGCCAACAUGGAAUAUAUGGUAUGGGAUGAGAGGCUAGCCAGAUCUGCAGAAGCAUGGGCAAAACAGUGUAUAUGGGAACAUGGACCUCCACAACUGAUGACAUUUAUUGGGCAAAACCUUGCCAUUCACUCUGGCAGGUACCAUUCCGUGGUGGACCUAGUAAAAUCUUGGUAUUACGAGAAGCAGCACUACUCCUUUCCUUAUCCCUAUGAAUGCAAGCCCAGAUGCCCUUCCAAGUGUAAUGGUUCUGUCUGCAGCCAUUAUACCCAGAUGGUGUGGGCUUCUAGCAACAGAAUUGGCUGUGCUGUCCACACUUGUACCAACAUAAAAGUGUGGGGCAACACAUGGCGGCAAGCGGUCUACUUAGUGUGCAAUUACGCCAUCAAGGGAAAUUGGAUAGGAGAAGCACCUUACAAACUGGGGAGACCUUGUUCUGCCUGCCCAUCUAGUUAUGGAAGCACCUGCAGCAACAACAUGUGUUAUUUGGGACCCAAAUCCAAUGGAGUUGGUCGGUUCUGAAUGUAGCAUGUGUACUCUGAGCUCCCCAUUAUGUUGAAAUUAUGGAAGGAAGACUCACUGAUGGAGAUGGUAGAAGAUUGGGCCCAUAUACCACCAAUUGUAAAACAGAUGUAUAAUUUUUACUUAUGAAAUCCUAAAUUUCUUUCUCUAGCCAUUUCCUCCCCACCCACUAUCUUCUAUACCUGGGUACAGCUCCAAAUAUAAUUUGACAUUCACACGCAUGCUCAAGAACCAGCAUUUCCCAUAAUUUUAUGUAGGGAAUAAAUUCUUAGAUUUUGUUUACUCUGCAUCAUUAAUCUGCUUUCUUUAUUUGUUGUGGGACUAUGGCAUUGUAAAUACCAGAGGAAAGCCAGUUUGACAGGCAUCAAGUACCAUUUAAACCAAAUCCAAGUAACUGUAUCUCUAGACAUUCCCUGGAAGUAUUUAAAGAAUCAACAGCAAGAGUUUCUGAUUCAUUACUGAGAGCCAGCGUAGUGCAUAUGCUGUUGGACUGAGGAGAUAAAGGUUCAAGUCCACACUCAACCAUGGAACACAUUAUUUUUCAUUCCAAAUUACCUUACAGGGAUAUUGCUGUUAUGUUAAAAUGAGGGAGCUCCCUUUCUUUACCACUUUGAGCUCCCUGAGGAAAGGUGUAAUAUAAAUGUAACAAUAAGUAACACCACAUUUUAGCCACUAGAGGUAAUUUUGAUGCAAGGUUUGACCAUUUUUAAAGUAAAUGUAAUCAUUUACUUCUUCCCCAUCAAUGUACUUUUGCUUUUUUCUGAAUCAUGCAGUCAAGUUAUAAAGUUUGAUUACCUUUCAUUCUUAUUAUAGUCAAAGCUUCUUCAGCUUUUAACUGACAAUUGAAUAAACUAAUUAUUUUUAUUGCUCUAUUAAACUUAA